UAGGGGUAUUCUAGUAAAUUCAUUACUGUUAUAAAACUGUAAGUCUGUAACAUCUUCCUGACUUGUAUCGCCACUUUUAUUUUCUCUCUCUCUCUCUGUCUCGCUGGCUCGGGGGUCUAAAAUUCGAGAUCGAAAUGUCAUGGUUGGCGAGGUCUUUCGUGAACUCACUGCAAGUCGACGAUGAUAGCGACGAUGACAAAGACGGCGUCGAGGUUAGGAAAAGAGAUUCACCACCGAAUCCAAAACAGAGUGCAGGAGAAGGAGAAGGAGAAGGAGAAGAUGAUGAGCCGCAACCCCACCAGGCCCAACUCGACUUGUCAGAGGGUCAGGGAAGAGGCGUCAAGGGUGACAUCUCGGAACUUACCAAAACCCUAACUCGCCAGCUAUGGGGCGUGGCCUCCUUCCUCGCUCCCCCACCUUCGUCGGAAUUCUCACCACGUUCUCCUUCAUCUCGGCCACCUGAAGUGUCGUCGGCCGACGCCACGAUCUCCGACUGGAAUCGCUGGGGAUCAUCAGAUCAGUCCAUCUCGGCUGAAGAUUCCGAAAUGGAAAAUCCAGAUGCGGCAAGGAUUGCAGGUAUACGCAGCGAUUUUGCCGAAAUCGGGGGAAAGUUCAGGACCGGAAUCACUAAAUUGUCCAGUAAUAAAGCAGUUUCUGAGAUUUCGAAGAUGGCUUCUACCUUCCUUCCUCCUUUCGGAUCGGAGGAAUCCAUUUCAGAUGAGAAGCCACUGUCAGGUGGUGCUGUUGGUGUUACCGACGAGGUCCUGACCUUCGCCAGGAAUAUCUCCAUGCAUCCGGAGACGUGGUUGGAUUUCCCUUUGGCUGAUGAUGAAGAUGCAGAUGAUUAUGAUAUAUCUGAUGCACAACAGGAGCAUGCUUUGGCUGUUGAGCGUCUUGUUCCUAGAUUAGCAGCUCUAAGGAUUGAACUCUGCCCAAACUAUAUGAGUGAGGGAUGCUUUUGGAAGAUUUAUUUUGUUCUUCUGCAUUCCAGACUUAUUAAACAUGAUGCUGAACUUUUGUCAACACCGCAGAUUGUAGAAGCUAGAGCUAUGUGGAUGCAGGAGUUGCAGAACCGGACAAAGCCAGAACCAAACUGGUCUGGAAGAGGUACAUCUUAUAGAAGAGACACAACUACUGCACUGCACGAAGAGCAUCAACCUGCAUCACCUAAUAUUUUCUCUGAAAAUCAAGCAGUCAAAAAGUUUGCUUUUGAACACACGGCUGUGCCAGGGACAGAUUUUGAGACUGAGAGGCACCCUGUCGCAAGCACUGAAAUGCGGAUCAUUGAUAAGUCUGCUGAUGAAGAAGUACCAGCAGUUUGGACGACAAAAAAGGAUUUAGUGGUUACUACUCCUAAGAUAUUGGAUCAGAAGUUUGAAGAGGAUGGAGAUGAGUGGUUGGAGGAUGAUAAUAAUUCAGAAUUAGGUGGCUUCAGUGGAACCACCAUUCCUCCAGGGCAUGAGGAGGAUGUAUCAUUCAGUGAUCUUGAGGAGGAUGAUAGUAUAUUCACAGGUUCAGAAAGAAUCAGAUGUGGCCCCAAGUUGUCAGAAAAAGAUUCACAAGGUUGGGUCCAGCUUAGCAGCUCUCCUGAAUCAGCAAAGGAAGGUGGUAAGGAGCUUGGAUCUGAGCAGUUAUUUGCUAAUAAUAAUCCGGAAACCAAGGACUCUCGAGUCUCUAGUGACUGGCUCAAUGUUGAUAAGGUUGAUGCGGUUUAAGAGGCAAAAUCCAUGUGGGAUUGGGGGUAAGAUAUGUGAUUCGUUCUGUUACUUCAUCCACAUUUGAAUGGUUUCAAUCAUCUGGUGUGAGGUUGUAUUUGUACAUAAAAGGAGUUCCCUGCAUUAGCUGCUGCCUUUUUAAAAGCACUCCUCUUUUCUAAUUGGUUCUAUAUUUCAAGGGAAACAAGAAACUUGAGAUUACCCACUUGAGCGAUCCUCUUGUCAAAUUGGUGUUGAGGGGAUUUGGUGAAAUAUAAAAAGCUUGUUUUGUUUUGACAAAAAAUGGGUGGGAUGUGAAGUUUUUUUUUUCUUUUUUUUUUUUCUUUUUCUUCUUUUUCUUCUUUGGUGGGGUGGGUGGGGACAAAUUUGAUGUAUUUGAUUAUAAAGUUUGUUUCGUUGGAAGAGGACGGAAUGAAUUUACAUUAUUGCA